UGUAAAGUGCGCAGCCACGAACCUGUUCUAUUUUCUUCUUCCAGCAGAACUCAACAUAAUCCUGCCGUACACAAAUUUGCACCUAUAUAUAGCUGAAAAUCAUGUUUCAGGAUGUUGUCUACUGGUCUCCAUAUAUAUUCCCUCUUUAUCCCGUUCGCGCAUUAUUUGGACCAACUUCGUAUAGAUCACAGUACUUCCGUCUACCAAAGGUGAUAUGGAGAGCCUUCAGCAGUAUGGUCGUAAUAAAUUCAAAAGAUCACCACUAUACGUUGUGCCCGAUUAUGAAGCGCUCGAGAUUCACAGUUCAGAUAGCGACAUCAUCUAUUCGAAAACGGCCAUGCCUACAAAUAAAGUGAGAGGCUAUCUUAUAGAUAAGUUAGAGCACCCAACAUUCAAACUUAUCAAAUUGCCCUUCGAGUUUUUGCCUACGAAGCCACAGUCACAGCUACCGCCGGCCUGGAUCCUCGAAAUAGUAGACGAGCUGAGCAUAGAUGCUUACUCUCUGGGGAUGAUUACUGGCUUAGUAUAUGAGUUCAGCGUGCUAGAGCGGAAUAUUCCUGGAAAAGGACGAACCCUCACUAUGUGUUUUAGCAACUAUUCAAUUCGAUUCAUAGCUUGUUAUAAUUCAACUACUAGAACCACGACGGGUAUCUUAUUUACGAUGGUGGGCAAUGAUACAGCGGACAGUAUCUACCAGCACAUAGAGGACUUUUUGAAGCAAAGCAAAGCUCUCUUCCAAAAUCAUUGCUUGUUACCAAUGGCUCUCCUAUAUUCGGAGAUGCAUAACGUUAUAGAAGUCGCAUCCAACAGACGUGUCAAUCGUGUCAAUUACGAACUGAUUCACGAAGGCAAUCGCGAAGAAUGGGAGAAUUAUCGUGAAGGACUUCGUUGGUCACAGCUAUCUUUAAAUUUGGCCCGCAAGAUUACCAAUUACUUGCAGAAGCAGCUGGAUAUAAUGGCGAACCAAGAGCUCACCAAGACAUUGCCCAUGGAUAUCGUGGUGGAACGUGCGAGUAUAAGGGAAGCUUUCGAUAUACUGGAACCAAGAAUCGCCCAGGUUACAUUUCACAUCGAAUGGCGUUUGCAAUCAAAUAGUGAUUAUAUGGCGAGGAUUUCGCGCAAAUUGAUGCGUCAGGACACACGAGCUAGCAUCGAGCUCACCAGGGCGGCUAGGAUGGAUAGCUCAUCGAUGAAGGUGAUUGCGGUGAUGACGAUGAUAUUCUUGCCUGGAACAUUUUUUGCGACGCUAUUCGCAGUGCCAUCUUUGAACUGGGACAAAGAAGAAGUGGUAGGAGAGAGGUUUUGGAUAUAUUGGGCCUUUACUGUCCCUUUUACUGUAUUGAUCAUUGGCUUGUGGCUUGCCAUCACACAGCGCAGCCAGAUGGGGGACAUGUGGGGGAGUAGGUAAGAAGUGGUGGGUUGACAAGCCUUCUUAAGGGAUGCUAGAAAAUGAGUAGAAACAUAACUAGUGUGACCCUUUUCAAGAAGAAGGCAUAUUGAAGAAGGUAUAUUGAGGAAGGCAUCUUGAAGAAGGUGGUCAGCGUCGGCGUUGUAUGAUAUUACGUUACGUAACCUUCAAUGUCACAUCCCUUUGCCUGCUG